GUGAGUUUACAUGUAAAGGUGUGUGUUUUGAGUGCAAGUACUGUAUAUGCACAUAUUGUGUGUGUGUGUGUGUGUGUGUGUGUGUGUGUGUGUGUGUGUGUGUGUGUCUUUCUUUCAGGUUUCCUGGACUCUGAGCCAUUGAGAGAGGCUGAUGAAGAUAUGGCCUCAGAAGUCAACCUAAACAACUCCAUCAUGACGGAGGAGGAGAGAGAGGAGAUUCAGCAAGAGUUAGCUAAACUGGAGGAGGAGAUCAGUACGUUGAAGCAGGUUUUGUCGUCCAAAGAGAAGCAGCACGCAGACCUCAAACAGAAGCUGGGCGCGACUUCUCUGUACGAGCUCAGGAACAACCUCAGUAGAGGCUGGCACGACAUGCAGACCUCCACGGCGUAAGUUAAUGUGUGUAUGUGAGUGUGUGAGACAGCUGAAAGAGUUUGCAGGUUGAAGUGUUAGAGUGAAGGGGAGAAAGUG